CGGGAAGGCCAGAAGCAACUGAGGCUGCAGGGUGGUAGGUGGAGCACUGGGUGCUGCAGGGACCCGGGAGCCCGAGGGCACAGCUGCCUACAGCGUGGGAUGGUUCCAGGUGACGCCCUGGGCUGGCUUUGUGGCAGGUGAGAGAGUGAGCCAGGCCGAUGGCGGUGACUGCGGCCCUGUCAGCUGCAGCUGCGGCUGCGGCCCUAUUCGGCCUGGCAAUGCGAUUGUCGCGUUGGGCGGCGAUGCGCGGCCCCUACAGCGCUUUCUCCAAGGGGCUCACGCGCACGCUGCUCACCUUUUUCGACCUGGCCUGGCGGCUGUGUGUAAACUUCCCCUACUUUUAUAUGGUGGCCUCGGAGAUGCUCAACGUCCGCCUGCAGGUGCGGAUCGAGUGAGCCAUCGCCAGCCACAACGGCGGCCACUGGUGGAGAGCGCCACCCACGCCACCCCCGCGCCACGCAUGAAGGACCGUGGGGCCGCUCAGUGCCUAGAGACCGCGGGGGGGGGUGCAGACGGAACUGCCUGGGUCCCUCCAUUUUAGGCCUCCGCGGAGGGCCACAGUACUGCAUCCCAUACCACAUAAAACAAAAAACAAAACAAAACAAAAAAACUUAACAGCCUAGUCAUUUUCCGCGGCAUCCAGAGAAUCAUCAGAGUCUGGCAAACCUGUUGCCUCCGAUUGACCAGAAAGAGGGAAAACCCGAAAGAGGGGGUGCUACCGCAGGAUUUACCAGGCCCUGUGCAGGAAGAAGCCUCCUAAGAUGUAACCUGAACCCCGAAUGACAGAGUGAAUUGGGCCAGUGAGCCCCCAGGAAGGUGCUAGAAGAGGAAAUAUUUGUCCAAAGGUCUCCCUAUGUCAGGUGGUCAGAUAAAAUGGACAGUUCUUUUCUGAACCAAACCUCAGGUCUGUCCCCUUCUUUGCAUGCAGGCCCAAGGUUAGUCUCUGCAGCUCUGUGCAGCCCUUCUCCAGACUGCCUCCUGCACUCUUGGAGAUGGGGCAGGGGACAGUCCUCAGCCUGCUCCCCCUGCUCUCCCUGUUGCUCCCCUAACCCAGUCUGGGGCAUUCCUGAGGCUCUCUGCAUCUGCAGACAGGAAAGAACAGGAAAUAUUGGUUACAAUCGUCUCUUUCCCCCACAGCCUGCUUCUCCCAUCCUCCCUGUCUGUCCAGCAGCACCUGCGAUGACACUGGUGAGACCCAGAAGCCCAUCUUCCAGCCAUGAGCAGCCUGGCAGCUGUGUGCCACAGGAUCUGGGGAAGUGGGAAGGAUUCCAGCAGCAAGCAUCUGCUGUCGGGAUAGGGUGGAGAAGCAGAGUGCACAGGAAGCCAACUCUGAAGGCUUUUUUUUCAAGCCUUGGUCUUCUGGGUGAUGUCUCCCUUCUGUCAUCAUUUCAAGAUGGAUCCCUAUGUAGAGAUGCCUGCCUCUGUUCCUGAGCAGCCCGGGGAGUAGCUGAGUGAAGAACCUGCCUAGAAGAGGAAGGGCCUUUCUGGUAGAGGCCUAGAGAAUGGUGGGGUUGCUCAGGCUUUCUGGCCCAGCCAUAGAAAAGUUGCCAGUGUACCUCGGGCACUGAUAUCUCCCAGCAACACUGUGAGGGAGACAUAUUCCCUUAUCUCAUGAACACAAUGGUGCUCAAGUACCGGGCUUGGUUUGCUCUUGUUACACACAGAAGGGGGGGGGGCUCAGCCUGCCCUGGACCUUCAUUCCCCCACCCCUUCUGCAGUCUUCUUCACGACCUGGAAGGUCGGUGUUGUGGGGGGGGGGGGGAGUAGAGAGUUGCCAGGGCACCUAGGGAGAAAGAGAGACCGUUGGUUAGGGAAGCUGGGCAUCUGCCUUUCCUUGGAGUGUGCUAUGGAAAGUCAUGUUGAAGACAGGAAUAGCUGUGGUGGAGGACCUAGUAAUAGAAUCUCAACCCCCUGGUAAGCCAUUUACUCUCAACAGAGCCAAAUGUCCCACCUCUCUAGAGCUUACCAUGGGCUCCUGAGCAGUUCUGUGCUGCAGACCUCUGAGCUGGUGAUGAUGGCAUUGUGGUUCCUAGGAUCGGGCUGCUACCAGAAAAGUGAAGAUGUUGAGAGCUUUGGCACCACCCCAUCUCUGUGUUCUCAGCCUUAGGGCUCCAUCCCUGGAAUCACAUGCGAUAUCAUACUGAUGCGGUUAGGACAGUACAGGGGGCUUUGGGUGGGGUGCCCAAAUGACCAGGAAUGACCGAAGGGACACCCAUCUCCUAUUUCCCUCAGUUCUUCUGGCAGCGAUAGCUCAAGGUCCAUGUAUCCGGUUCUCAGGAUGGAAACCUCCAAGACGCUAGGUGGCCCCAGGGACAGCGUGGCCUGGGUGCCCACUAAGAGUCAAGGACCCAGAGGAAGAUCUCCAUAUCUCUCGUUUCAGGUACACAGACUGAAUGGUGGCUACUACAUGCCCCCUGCUGUUUCCCACAGUUCAGGAUUGAUACUCUGUUCUGCCAAGUUUCACUGAGCGCUUUGUGUGUGUAUAAAUACAUGUCUGUGAACGUGUUUACACUGCAGAUUGCACGAUUGAGGAGGAGCUUCACAGGUAUACUGGGCUUCCUGUCGAAUAAGGACCUUGACCUACUGGGAGAAAUGAGUAUGGAGAUGGAGGCCCUGCCUUCUUAGACUUCCUGCUCCAGGAAGCCCCUCCCUGCUCAUGUCCAGGCAUGGGCUAUGGUGUGAGGUCGGAGGCACUGGCAAUGGACUGGACUCUGGGCCAGUAGAUGCGGGUAGAACUAGGACUCUGCUUUGUGUUCUUGUCCAAUUCUAGCCCUGAGUAGUCUGUGAGCCUCUGUUUUCCCCGCCCCCUUGGCUACUUUUCUUCCUCCACAGUGUGUGAUGGGGUCGUGAUGCACUUUAUCUCCUUGCAGUCUGUACUGCAAGCAGAAGAGCUUCAAUCAGCUCAGAGACUGGACCUGGAUGGCCAUACAUUUCCAUGUGUGAUGAACUCUGCGCUGCCAGCACUGUCUGGUCAGAGAUGCCGUUUCUGAUGUUGCCACAUGUUGUUGUCUCUUAAAGUUAAAAGAAAAUCUUCGAGUUCAGUACACCAAAUACUGCCUGGAUGCCUCCUGUUUUUCUCAGGUGCCAUACCGUACGUAGUGUGGGGAAGUGGGUGAGGUGCAAGACAGCACUGUCCAAGCCCAGCAGGGGCCAUCCAGAGAGCUGAUCAGGGAAACUGCAGCUUCAGAGCCUCCUCCUAGACCACCGUUGACAGAACCACCACCCUCUGCUCCCCCCACACCAAGUGGGCAACAGUAGAGCCAGGCCCAGGAUGUUCCAGUUGUUCUCAUCCAGUGUUCAGAGAAAGAAGCUGAAGUUGAGGCUUCUCUUUCAUUCCAGGGUCUGGACUCAAUGUGUUUAAUUCAAAUUGAGCCUGAAGAGAAAGGGGAAAUGCAAGAACGUUCUGCAGGCCACUCUGUGCAGCCCAGAGAUCCGUCUGCAGGAGCAGUGAUAUGGAACUGCACCAUCACCAAAAGAUGCCAGGAAUCCAGUACCUUCCCAGACUGUCUGACUCUUCCUCAUUAGUACCUACGUAAGCCAAGUUCCUGUCUCUGUGCUUUAGGCCCCUACUGUUUCC